CUCGCUGAAGACCAAUUCUCUCUCUUUACCUAUCCUAUACUCCAUCAAGAUGGCUGCCUCCCCCAACAAGAAACUCCGCGAAGCCUCGCAGCUGGACCAGCUUAAGCAGUUCACCACUGUGGUGGCCGACACGGGCGACUUUGAGCAGAUCAACAAGUACAAGCCUCAGGAUGCCACCACCAACCCGUCGCUGCUGUUCAAGGCCGCCCAGAUGGAGCAGUACUCGGCUCUUGUGGACGACGCUGUGUCGUACGGCAAGGGUCUUUCGGCCGACCUGUCUGAGAAGGAACGUCUGGGCUACGUCAUUGACAAGCUGUCUGUGAACUUCGGUCUGGAGAUCCUUAAGGUCGUGCCUGGCUACGUGUCGACCGAGGUUGAUGCUCGCCUAAGCUUCGACACGGAGUCGACGAUCGCGCGUGCUCACCGUAUUAUUGAUCUGUACGAGAAGGCCGGCAUUAAGAAGGACCGUAUCCUUAUUAAAAUUGCCUCCACGUGGGAGGGUAUCCAAGCCUGCAACCACUUGCAGAAGGAGGGUAUCUCGUGUAACAUGACCCUGCUCUUCGGCUUUGCCCAGGCUGUAGGCUGCGCUGAGGCUGGCGCCACUCUUAUCUCGCCUUUCGUGGGCCGUAUCCUUGACUGGCACAAGGCCAAGACCGGCAAGUCGAGCUACGAGUCCCACGAAGACCCUGGUGUUGUGUCCGUGACCAAGAUUUACCAGUACUACAAGAAGUACGACUACAAGACUAUCGUCAUGGGUGCCAGCUUCCGUAACACUGGUGAAAUUACCGAGUUGGCCGGCUGCGAUCGUCUGACCAUCUCCCCCGCACUUUUGGAGGAGCUUACCAAGUCGACUGCCACUCUGGCCAAGAAGCUGGACGCUGAGACGGCUGGCAAGGCUUACACGGGCGAGAAGCUGUCGUACGACGAGAAGGACUUCCGCUUGAGCAUGAACGAGGACGCCAUGGCCACGGAGAAGCUCGCCGAGGGCAUCCGCGGCUUCAGCGCCGACAUUGUCAAUCUCGAGCAGAUCCUCAAGACCAAGCUCGGCGCUUAAGCUAUUUUGCUACGUCAACCUGGUCAAUGCCCUCGGCUGUGACUCGAGAUAAUAGGAAUUUAUGCGUCGAUGGUGUAUGCAUAUCGGCGCACGAGUUUAGCGAACAAAACCAUGGUUUUUAUCUGUUGCUGCACUCUU